ACUCGGCCGUUUACACCCGCAGUUACAGCUCUUAAGUUGGGUUCGGGUUGUUUCUACAACCCAUCAAAAACCCGAAACCCAUAGCGUUUAAAGGUUUAACAAAUUCCACGAAAACCGCCAAUUUCUCAUAGUUUCUCAGUGUCUUCUUCGCCGCGCUCACCAUGAAGCUCGUCAGGUUCUUGAUGAAAUUAAACAACGAAACUGUAUCAAUUGAGCUCAAAAACGGUACCGUUGCCCAUGGCACUGUCAUAGGUGUAGAUGUCAGUAUGAACACACACUUGAAGACUGUGAAAAUGACACCAAGGGGUAAGAACCCAGUUACUCUUGAUCAUUUAAGUGUUAGAGGCAACAACAUCCGCUAUUAUAUUCUUCCUGACAGUUUGAAUUUGGAGACUUUACUCGUGGAGGACGUGCCAAGGGUAAAGCCCAAGAAGGCAACUGCUGGAAAGCCAGUGGGACGUGGUCGGGGACGAGGGCGUGGACGUGGCCGGGGUCGCUAAUCAUGCAAUUGUAAGCUUGCAUGCGGUGUUUCAGUGUCGACUAAUGUACUCUCGUAAAGAACAGAGAAGAAUCACUUCUAGUGUAGAAUUGAAUGCUAAGUAUUUUAGAUUGUCUUGGCUACUUUGUGGGGUUUCUGGAAAUUUUUAGGUGACACCAAGCAGUAUCAUAAACUAUUCAUUUAAAAUAUCACACUUGGUGUAAUUAUUUACAACGACCAAUUUAUUUAUGAAAGACAUAUAAUUUAAUGAUUAAUCAAUAUAUCUUAUUUAUAAA